AUGGUCUAUCCAACUCUCACAUAUCUUGAAUAUACCGUUAAAUACAGUAUCAGGAUAGCAAACAAGCAGGACACAUCUGCAGUUCAAACCAGAAUAAUACUCACCGAGGUCUCUAACUCUGGCUCAGACACCAAACCCACAUCCAUUCCUGAUGGGAUCAUCACUGAUGCUCCUAGCACUGAGGUCUCUGACUCUGACUCAGAUGCCGAACCCACAUCCGUUCCUGAUGGGAUCAUCACUGAUGCUCCUGGAAUUGGUGGCACUCGGGUAGAAUUCACUCCACAGACACUCGACAGCAUGCCCACCAUGUGCCUCUCGUCCAUGCCAGCCAUCAAGGAGAACUUUCGCACUAAUCAGUGGAACCACUACCUUGACCAACAACUCCUCCUCCCUCACAUCCAUAUCAUCGACUACAGCCACCUGUACCUGCAGUUGUAUGUGACCGAAACCCCCUCACCUCUUGUACUAUGCUCCCUCAUCAUAAACGUAUCUGCUGCUUGGGUUGAGGAUCUGCAGGGAAAAGUCUUGCAUGAUGAGAUUGAAGCAGCUGAAAUGAGGACAGUGUCCACAGAGAAGAAGAUAGCAGAGGAGAUGCAAGUGAGGUUACAAGCCAAAAGCAAGUCUGCUGAAGCUAUACUCACGAGAGAAACAGCCAAAAAGGAGGGGGAGGCAGCCAAGAAGAAGUCAAGAGAUGAUCAGCUAGCAAAGAAGCAUGCAGAUGAUCUCUUGGAGACUUGCAGGGCUGCAAAAAAAGGGGUAUCAGGCAAGUAA